CCACUUCCUGUCUGGAAGUUUGUUUUUGUUGAUUAAAUUUUGCUUAUUGUUGAAUUAAUAAACAAUACACGACUAUAUACAUUCAUAUCAACAUUACUUAGGUCUAUUUAAGUAUGAAAUAUUUAUUUACAGAAUCUAUAGAUCUAAUUUGAACUAUUGUAGAUAAAGAUGUGAGAAAUAAUAGCAACACAAUCUGUGAUAAUCCACAUUGCCCUGUCACCUGUGUAGACUCUUUUUCAAAACUUGAUGACAGCUCAAAGACAACCUCAGCCAUGGGUAAUCAGCUUACUGGAGAGGCCCCUGCCAUCAUUUAUCCAGUUGAACAUUACCUAACUGAUAUACCACAUUAUGAGUUUGAUUGCAGCCUGGGAAGUACCCGUUUCUUCAAAGUUGUUAGAGCCAGGUGCAAGGAAGGCUUGGUUGUAGUAAGAAUUUUUGUGAUUCAAGGGUCCUCAGUUCCAUUGCCAUUAAAAGAAUAUCAAGAUCGAUUGGAUGUUAUUUACAAAAGUUUAAAAAACCUGCCCAACUGUUUGCCAUUCCAGAAGCAUGUUAAACUGGACAGAGCUGCUUUCCUGAUUAGGCAAUACAUCAAGUACAGCUUAUAUGACCGGCUCAGCACUCGUCCUUUCCUGACUCUGAUUGAGAAGAGGUGGAUCGCAUUUCAACUGCUGUGUGCAUUGAACCAAUGUCACAAAGUUCAGGUAUGUCAUGGUGACAUUAAAGCUGAAAAUAUCCUUCUGACUGGUUGGAACUGGCUUCUUCUAACAGACUUUGCAAGUUUUAAGCCCACCUCACUGCCUUAUGAUAAUCCAGCAGAUUUCUCCUACUUUUUUGACACAUCUCGCAGACGAGUUUGUUACAUUGCUCCUGAGAGGUUUAUUGGGCGACCUCCAUCUGAAAAAAAUUCAGAUGGCAGUCUAGAUGAAAGUCAGAACAAAGUUUAUAAAGAACUCACACCAGCGAUGGAUAUUUUCUCUGCUGGAUGUGUCAUUAUAGAACUGUUUUGUGAUGGGACUCCUCCAUUUGAUUUGUCACAGCUACUCAAUUACAGCUGUAAGAACUACAGUCCUUGGAAGCUGAUAGACACCAUUCCUGAUAACAACAUAAAGGAUUUAGUUGAACACAUGACACAGAGGAAGCCGGAAUUCCGUUUGUCAGCAGAAGAAUAUCUGAUCAAGCAGCGAGGUAAAGCCUUCCCAGAAUACUUCUACACAUUCUUCAAGACAUACACUCAUCAGUUUGCCACUGUUCCCAUACUGCCUUCUGAUGACAGAAUACUUAUUUUAAACAGGGACUUGGAUCAUAUACUUGCUAAUAUGGAUCUAGAUGACAAAGUGGAAAAAAAUUCUAAACUAGUUCUAGUCAUUUCCUUGGUGACAUCAGUUGCCAGAGACCUACAUUUUAGUAAUUUUCGACUUCUUGCCUUGAAGCUCAUGCUAAGGCUUUCAAAAUAUGUAACCUCAGACAUUAUCUUGGACAGGAUUCUACCACACAUGCUUUAUUUCACGCAAGACCCUCUACCAGAAGUUAGAGCAGAAACUAUCAGAACUGUCACGGCUUGUAUUAGAAAUUUGAAAAGUGUACCUAGAAAUGAUGCCAAUGUCUUUCAGGACUACAUCAUUCCAGCUUUGUCUCCACUUCUGAGUGAUGAAGUUUUACAAGUGAGAUUAACUUUUGCUGAGAAUAUUGCUGAACUAGCAGACACAGCUGUGAAAUAUCUUGAUAUGGCUCAAGCACAAGAAAUUCGAGAGGUCAUAGUUCAACUCAAGGACCAACAGAGAGACAAAGCCUCCAUCUCAGAAACUGUCAUCAAUGUUAAGAAAACUGCAGAGGAGCUGAAACCUGAAAUACAAGAGGUGGAGUCUAACUAUGACAUGGAACUCCAUCAGCUGAAAGAUUUGAUUCACCAGAAAAUAUUCCAACUGCUGAGUGACCCAAACCAUGCUGUUAAAAUGACACUAAUGGCCAAUGGAAUGGACAAGCUAUGUUUAUUUUUUGGCAGACAAAAAGCCAAUGAUAUUCUUCUCUCACACAUUGUCACUUUCCUAAACGUGAAAGAUGACUGGAGGCUGCGAGCUUGUUUCUUCAAAACAGUUGUGGAUGUGACUAUGUAUGUUGGCUGGCAGUGUUCCGAAGUCUUGUUGCCAUUGUUACAGCAGGGCUUGUAUGAUGUGGAAGAAUUUGUCAUUACUGAGGAUCUUCUGGCAUUGAAAAAACUGACCAAUCACAGGCUUCUUAACAAAAUCAUGAUGCAGACUCUAGUAUGUGAUGCAGCUGCCCUAUUGGCUCAUCCUGGCCCUUGGAUUCGACAGGCAGCUGUUGGUUUUAUCACUGCUGUUGCUCAAGCCUAUGACAUUCCCGACAUUCAUUGUAAGUUACUGCCACAGUUAAAACCAUUCUUGAGCAGAAAUGUUAUGCAGCUAAGGAAGCCAGCAGUUGUCUUGGAUGCACUGUCUGACCCUAUACCAAGAGAAGUCUUUGACUAUCUGCUGCGCUCACCUCUUCUGGAGUCUGUUUAUGAAGUUCUUGCCAAGCUGCAGAAAUAUGCCAGGAGCAUCUCACGACAGGCCAGAAACCCUGAGUUGGAUGAAAGCCUCUCUCAGGUUUUCCGCAAGUUAACAUCCUUGGGUUUGACUGAAGAGUUUGAAAAGAAAUUAUUGGCAAUGAAAGACUUCAUGCUCAGACUGCAUAAAAACAAAACAGGGUCAUCAGAGUCCAUCCACAAAACAUCUAUCCAUUCAACUCCAGGGAAUAUUAAUAUUGCAGUAUUUGGUCGAGGUAUCACGAGGCGACAUGCUGACCUGCACAAAAAUCGUGAUUCUGGAGAUGUUCAGGCUGCUGCUGCUGCUGGGAAAAACAGGAAACCUAAAAAGCAAGACUCAGUUAUAAUGAAUCCAGAGUGGAAAAAAAUGUUUGGUAAUGAUGACCCAGAUGCCACCAGCCUAUCAUCUUCACCCAAAGCCAAUUCAUCAAUAUAUCCUGACAGACGUCAAUCAGAAACUAGUCUUAAGACACCGUUGUCUACUGCAGCCACUACACCGGUGAGUCCCAUACAUUCUAGCACAGACAGCAUGUCUCAAGUACUUUUAACUUCAGAAAAUUUCCAGAGGGCAUUGGCCAUGUCUCAAUCUCAAGAGAAGUCUCAGAAAUCAGUCAUUACCCGCUAUGCAAAGUGUAAGUGGGAACUAAGGGACCUUGUCCAUCACAGGAGAGCUCAAUUUGAGGCAGACAUUCUUCUGACAGAUGCCAUUUCAGGAAUAGCCUGGGACACCCACCAUCCACCUGAUACAUGGAAGCCUAAAGGUGUGUUGGUGGCCCACUUACAGGAGCAUCGUGGUGCAAUAAACAGGUUAAGUGUCAGUCAUGAUCACAAAUACUUUGCCAGCUGUUCAAAUGAUGGAACUGUUCGUAUCUGGGAAAGUGGGAAAUUAGAAGGAAAGACAGCAGCUAACAGAUCUAAAGUUUGUCUGAACAAACAAGGUGGUAAAAUAAAGUGUGUCACGUUUUUGGAGAGAGGAAACAGUGUGGCCUCAGCCUCCGAUAACAACAGCAUCCAUGUCUACAGGCUGGAUGGAGGAAGUGUUCAGUUAGAAGAUUCACGUACAGUUGAUGUCAGGACAUAUGGACAGAUCAUGGAUAUGACUCAUUUUGACACUGGUGCCCAGUCCAUACUGACCUAUGCUACAGUUUCAAGUCACAUCAUUGGCUGGGACCUUCGAUCAUCCAACCCUGCUUGGACACUCCACAAUGACCCACGCCAUGGCCUGAUCACCAGCUUUGCUGUGAAUCAAUCCCAGUGCUGGCUGGCUGCUGGAACCUCUAGUGGUGCACUAGUUUGCUGGGAUAUGAGAUUUCGAAUGCCAAUCAACAAGAUGCAACAUGCCUCUGGACGUAAAGUGAGAAGGCUGACCAUGCACCCCAGUGAGCAGUCACUGCUUGUAGCCUCCUUCAAUUGGAACAAUGAGGUGUCCAUGUGGGAUGCAGAGACUGGUCAAAGGCAAAGGACAUUGUGGCCCAGCUCAUCCCCUGCUCUCUCUUACACCAAGCUAAACAAGACAAGAGAGGAUGAUGGGAUAUGUAGUAUCUACGUGGGCUCCACUGACACCAAGACAUUUGUUCUGACUGGAGGCACUGACAUGAGGCUGAGGUUUUGGGACCUCAGCUACCCAGCCAACUCCAUGUGUUUCAAUUAUGGGCUUGACGAUCCCAGAACAUUGUCCUUAAACUACAGAUCUCAGCUGAUAGAAGGGUCAGAGGUCAUACAGGAAUUAGAAACUCAAAGAGAGCCCUUAGACAAAUAUGAGGCAGAACGUGAAAUGCACCUCAUGCACAGCGCUCCUCUGUUAGGUCACCAUGACAUUGUGAAUGACCUGACCCUGUGUCACAGCACACAAACCCUGGUCAUAUCUGCAGCCAGAAAUGGACACAUAAAAGUCUGGAAGUAAUUGUUGCUGAAAGUAGAUCACAGAAAGAAUUCUUGAUUGUACAGGAUUUUAAAAACUUCCCUCACAUACUAUUCUCCUUGCCUCUAUUUGUUGGUCUUUUUUUUUUUUUUUAAUUAUGUAUUCACCAUUCUAAGCAACAUUGAUAUUACCAAGUGAAAUGAUGCAGAUGGCCAACUAUUUUCAACUCAAAUGUUCAGUGUUUGAUUUCUGUCGAUUCCAGACCUCCCACUUUGCAGAGGAGGUUAGGAUAUGAUAACCUUUAGGUUCUUAGAAGGAACAUCUAUAAUUAGUGACAGCUUCUAUUGCGCUUUUUUUUUCAUUUGGAGAUAUUUUAUUACCAGGCAAUUGAGACAAGUAUUGGCCUUGUAGGCUGGUAGUAUGUUUUUUUUUUCUUUUUCCAAUGUAAAUGUUAUUAAAUGUGUACAUUGUUAAUUAAUUCUACAGUGCAAUUAGAAAUUAAAUAUCACACAUUGUAUAUUUAAUAAUGACAUAGGCUUGUCUCAUUGGUACCGUGGUGUGAAACUUACUUACUUUUAUUAUGGAAUUAAGUUCUACAUUUGAAAAGUAAAAAGUUCCCCUUUCAGACUAUGCGAUCUAUAGGGGCAAAUGAUGUAAAGAUCAUCUUUUUCUAUGGCCCAUGGUUAUCAAGGGUGUCAUGCGGCCAGCACAACUACUAACAGCCUUUAUUUUUCCCCCAACUAAUGCCAGGUACCCUUUGAAGCUGGGUGAACUUAAAGGCACACUAAAGAUUCUAAAAUUAAAAAUCCCAGGAAUUUAACUUUGGACUCUCUGGUUCAUAAACCAAGCACUUUACCAUUUAACCAUUGCGCCUCCAAGUUUGAAUAACAGCUGACCUAUUUACUUAACAAACUCCAAAUUAAUAAGAGAACUUAAUCAUAAUUAGACUCCCUUUGUCAAAAAAAAAGGCUAGCUAUACUUCUGCUAAUACGGUAAUGGUUUGUAAUAAAAACCUUCUUUGAAAGUUAUUUUUUAAAGAUAUAGAUGCUACUAUUGUUAGAUAUAAUUUAUAGUGCUUAUGGCGAGCUCAUAAAUUUCUCUCAUUUUGUUCAUAUUUUUUUCCUAUUAGUUAAUAAACAAUUAGAUAUAUUUUUAAUUUUAAUCCAAAAUGGAAGACAGCACAUUUUUGGGUGCCCUAGUAGCCAUUGAGAUUGGAUGAGAUUGUGGGUUAGGGACACUAGACAACAUUCACCAGGUGAGACUUAAACAAUUAAAAUGUAAUUAAUGAUUUAAUGGUUCUUUCCUUCCCAUAAACUUGCGAUAAAGGAACUCUUCUCAACAAAAGAUAGGAUCUAUCUCUGAGUAUAUGCUUGUAUUGUGGGUUUCUUUGAAAUGUAGCCCUGAUUACAAGCAAAGGUUUAGACUUUAAACUUUCCUUAUUCCUUCAGAUUCACAGCACCCAUUUUACCUGCAGUCCAUUCUAAAAGAGAUACUCAUUGUCUUUCACAUUUUGAUCAAUGACUGAUUUAUUUGAUUUUUUUCCCCACAUUAACUUUGCAAACUAUUGGUUGUUUUUCUCUUUGGAUGUUUGUCUUUUAAAUAAGAAAAGAUUCUAUGAGAUUUUUUAAUAUGAAUUGAAGUGAAUUCAGUAUUGGUUGUCUUCUACUGAUACAGUGAGUAUAUUAUGAUUGUGAUUUUUACAUGAGACUGCAGUAAUGGCUGAAUUAAGGAUUUUGUGUUCAAUUCUGUUGGCAUGUAUUUGUAUGUCAGUUUGUGAGAAUGACUAAAGGAUGGCUUGAAAAAUUGAAAGCAGUAUUGAUUGAAGUUUCUGUUUACAAUGGCAUGAAGUUUUUAGAAUAAAAUGUUACUAUAGUAGCCAAAAUUAAUUUGAACAUCUGUCGAACAGGAAUUUCUGGGCCAUAAGUAAAUAAAAUGAGAAAGAUUAACAUAAGUGUUUUCUGUAUAAUAAAAAGUAAGAAGAUGAUUUUGUUAGCGUGCAUGGAUGUACUACAUACUAACUGUGAACUGGAGAUGAUGUUCACUUUUGCUCAUUACUGCUAUCUGAGAGAACUUUAUUUAUUUAUUUAUUUUAAUUUACAUUAUUGUUCAUGGUUUCUGUUUUUAAGAACUGUGUGUGUGUGUGCAGGAAAUCUGUUCAUAUAUUCCAAUAGUUCAUUUAACAUUUUCUUGUGAGUUUGUUUUUUUAAUUUCUGCAGUCUCAAGUGCAUAAGAUGUCAUUCUGAAUCACAACAAUAUUUAUGUAUUUCAUUUAAAACAAUAUCUUCACUGUGACAUUAUUACAAUACCAUACACUGUUUUCCCUAUAUUCGUUGGGUACAUGAGUUGUAUGCUCUUUGCUAACAUUGCAGUGAUGUGAACAGAAGUGAAACUUUGUGAGAUUUGUACAUUGUCAUCGAGUCAGAAUAGUCUCCCAGAUUUCAGGGACCAACCAAAAGUGGUUUUCACUUUGUAUUGUUUCAUUUCCACAUUUGUAUUUGAUGUAUGCUCUGUUUAUUUCAUGACAUGUUGGUUCUGGUUCAACACAGCAUAACUAAAUGUGAAGAACAUUAUGAUUGCUCUGUUGUCAUGAGUUUAAAAUAACCUAUUGAUAAAAUACACAUUCAUGUCAGUUCUUCUCUCA